CCUGCAACCAAUCCAUUUCCACCUUUUCCUUCUCUCUGGUCAGUCGAGUCGGAGGAGCGGAGCGAUGGCGGUGCGCUCAUAGACUUUACCAAGCAAAGUUUUAGCUGCUCUGAAAAAGUCUUUGGAUCUAGGCGAGAGGGGGAAAAGCCGUCGUUUUUGUAAUGCUGGUGAAUGACUGAAGUGCGCACUACACUGACUCUGCGAAAGGUGCUGCGCGCGCGACGAGUCCUUGGCGACGGCGGAAUUUCGGUAGCUGUUACUAGUUUGUGAAGUUCGCAAAGAGAGCUAACGCGUUAGCAUAGCUCUUUAGCCUGCUCAUGUAAAGUGUUUCAACUAGCCAGAGAGUUUUUAUACGUGUAGACACGCAAGUUAAUUAGUAACUUAUCUUAGGUAGUGGAUUAAUCGCGUGUAUAUUUAGCUUGAUUCAUUCGCUUGGGAUGAGCAGGUACUUUGCACCUGUAGCUCUCAACUUUCCCUGUUAGGUAUGUUGUUUACCUUCAUUUUUAUAAAGAUGAAAAUCGUUUGUAUAUCUGGUUGAGCUUAAAUCGAUAGACUAAUAAUGUAGCGUUUACUGUCAAAAGUAACGUUAAACAUAAAGGUAGCGUCGCAAAUAUCCCGGCUAAUGUUGAUGUCUCGGCUUCAGAGGCACUUCGCACUCCCAGACUGGUUAUCUGGCUUACGUGGAAACAAAGCAAUGCGUCCCUUAACCUCUAUUAAGCCGGAUUUAACCUGACUGACUCUACAUUAAUGAUAUAAAGUGACCUGGCCGGGGUUCUUAGGAAUUUUUUGUGUGUAUGUGUCAUUGGGGAAUACGACUACAGGACUAGUUUACUUUGAUUUGACAUCACGGCACCCUAUGGUGCUCCUGCAGGCACCGAGACAUGGAUGUUCCCCAGGCCGUUUUCCCAAACGGUGAGGGGCGCCCGAGCCUCCAAGACCAUGUCUGGACGGAGUCCUGCAGCUCGGGGACUUGGGCUCACUCUGCCCCCGUGUGUCCCCGCUCGCUCUGGACCGCGGUGUUUGACUACGAGGCCAGCGGGGAGGACGAGCUCAGCCUCCGGCGAGGAGACGUGGUGGAGGUCCUGUCUAAGGACGCUGCCAUCUCGGGAGACGAAGGCUGGUGGACUGGUAAAAUUAACCAUCGCGUGGGCAUCUUCCCAUCUAAUUAUGUUACUUACCAACCAGCCAUUUAUAGAGCGGUAGGGGCUCGCGAGAGUGACCCGUCCGCCCCUGUUCGGAUACCGUUCUCUGAACUUGUUCUACAAGAAAUCAUCGGCGUCGGUGGGUUUGGCAAAGUCUACCGGGGGACCUGGAAGGACCAGGAGGUCGCGAUGAAGGCAGCUCGACAGGACCCCGACGAGGAUAUUAAAGCGACUGCAGACAGUGUUAGGCAAGAAGCCAAACUUUUCUCGAUGCUUCAACAUCCUAAUAUUAUUAAACUAGAGGGGGUGUGUUUGGAGGAGCCUAACCUGUGUCUGGUCAUGGAAUAUGCCCGAGGAGGGACUCUGAACCGCGCUUUGACGGGCAGGAGGAUCCCCCCUCAUAUCCUCGUGAACUGGGCCGUCCAGAUCGCCAGAGGCAUGCAGUAUCUCCACGAGGAGGCCGUGGUUCCCAUUAUUCACCGAGACCUCAAGUCCAGCAACAUUUUAUUACUUGAAAAAAUUGAGAAUGAUGACAUUGGUCGAAAAACCCUGAAGAUUACUGACUUUGGCCUGGCCCGUGAGUGGCACAAAACGACCAAAAUGAGUGCAGCUGGCACUUAUUCCUGGAUGGCUCCUGAGGUCAUCAAGUCCUCUCUGUUUUCCAAAGGGAGUGAUGUCUGGAGCUAUGGAGUCCUCCUUUGGGAGUUACUGACUGGAGAGGUUCCUUACCGUGGCAUCGACGGUUUGGCAGUUGCCUAUGGAGUGGCUGUCAACAAAUUAACCCUUCCCAUUCCAUCGACCUGUCCCGAGCCUUUUGCCAAGCUCAUGGAGGAAUGCUGGGAGCAGGAUCCCCACAUCCGUCCAUCUUUUGCUUCAAUCUUGGAGCAGCUGACUGCCAUAGAGGAGGCUGUGAUGGCCACCAUGCCGCAGGACUCCUUCCACUCAAUGCAGGAGGACUGGAGAGUGGAGAUUCAAGAAAUGUUUGAUGAGCUACGCACUAAAGAAAAGGAGCUCCGCUCACGUGAAGAGGAGCUGACGCGAGCAGCCCUUCAGCAGAAGUCUCAUGAAGAGCUGUUGAAGAGGAGGGAACAGCAGCUGGCUGAGCGCGAAAUUAAUGUGCUUGAGCGUGAGCUCAACAUCCUCAUAUUCCAACUCAACAAGGACAAGCCCAAUGUUAAGAAACGAAAGGGCAAGUUCAAACGCAGCCGCCUCAAGCUCAAAGAUGGCAACCGCAUCAGCUUACCUUCAGAUUUUCAGCAUAAAAUCACAGUUCAGGCUUCUCCGACUAUGGACAAGAGAAGAAGCCUCAACAGCACCAACUCCAGCCCACCCAGCAGCCCUACACUGAUCCCUCGCCUCAGAGCCAUUCAGUUGAGCCACCCAAGUGGCACUAGUCGAAGGGGCAGUAUGUUUGUGUAUCACCAGGAUGUGGAUAUCACAAGCGAGUGUAAACCUCCUAGAGGCUUUAGGAAGAAAGUGACCCUGGACGAGAGCAACAGGACAUGGGGUCGAAGCACCAAUUUCAAACCUGAGGAGUUUGAAGAUGUUAAGAAAGGUUUUAAGAAAAAGGGCCGCACAUGGGGGCCAAGCUCUGUGCAGACAAAGGAAAGAGGAAAUUGUGCUGAAAGAGUUCGCCCUCUCUCAGAUGGAAGCAGUCCCUGGUCCACUAGUCUUAUGAAGUCCCAGAAAUCUGUUCCAUUGGCUGCAUUAUUUGCAGAGCAGGGAACUGAUAAAGAUGAAGUGUGCUCUGCUGAUGGAUCGGACAACAAACCAAAGCAACUCAAGUUCCCUAACCAGGUGUAUAUUGAUCUACCUCUGUGGAAAGAUGAACAGGGGGAUAGCCAGGGGCCGGCUGGUGGAGGUGAGAGCCAGGAGGACCCAACAACCUCCACCAGUUCCACCAGCACCACACCGCAGCACACACCCACCAACAGCCUGAAGCGCACCACCACACGCCGGCGCACAGACACUGUUCUCUAUGGCUGCGCCUCCAUCCUGGCAUCUGUCGCUUUAGGCUUUGACCUGCGGGAGGUUUGUAAGGGUGCUGCUAAUGAGGAACCAGAGCCACGUGAGGAGAAGAAAAAACGAGAGGGCCUGUUUCAGCGUGCCACUCGCUUCCGCCGCAGCACCAGCCCCCCCGGUGGCCGCUCACGCAAGGAUGAGGUUACCCCAGGACCUGUAAAUCUACUCGCCAUGUCAUCGAUUUCUGAGUGCAACUCCACCAAGUGCCUCCUGCAGACAGAUUUUGAGGGGACUGUGUAUAACCUAGUGAACGAGACUCCAGCUAGGAAUUCCCAGACACAUCAGAAUACAGGCACUAGUGACAUUCUUCCCUUAGCCCCUCUGCAAGAUCAUCCUUCUGGAUCCAGCUCUCGACUUAGGAGAAAGAAGUCCAGCCCUGCUGUGUGUCAGACCAUUAAUGGCAGCAGUGACUCCCAGGCUAGUCCAGCUGAUUCCUCUACCACUUCCCUGAAGAAGAAGGCUGACAGAGAGCCUGCUCAAGAGAAGCAAGCCUCCAGACAAUCAGCAUCUAGACACAGGCCACUCUCCCUAAGAAGCAAACCUCACUCCUGGGGUCUUCUAAAGAGCCGCAAUAAGAGCUAUUCUCUUGGGCACUACACUGGGGAGAAGAGUGCCCAAAACUUGGACAUGGUCCUCCCCUCAGAGGUCAAAAUGGGCUGCUCUUUGCUGGAUAUGGACACAGAGGGUCAAAAACGAGACUGCACGGUUCCCCUCUGUCGAAUACAGAGCACACCGAGUCGACCGUCUGUCUUUGAACUGGAGAAAGAGUUUUUAUCCUGAAAUAAGCUGCAUCUGGAACACAGUCUUACUUUUGUCUUGAAUCUGUCUGUUCAACAUGACGUUUAGUUGUUGCUUUUAUUUUCCCCCAAGAUUAACAUCAUGGCCUUUGAUCAAUAUUUGAGCCAUUGCUGCUGGAGAUAUUCUGUGGUACUUUUAUUUAUAUGCUGUAUACUUUGAUAUGUAAUUUAAUAUGAAGUGACAUACAUGAAGUGAAUGAUCAACAUUCCACUGAAUUUACAGUAGAAUUGCUGGUUUGUAGAUUUUUAAGAAGUGAGAUGAUUUGUAAACCUUUUACACUGAUGAGCAAGAUCUCAGAUUCUGUUAGAAACUACAGAUUUUUAAAGUGUUCAGGCAUUUCUGUCAAUUGAUUUUUGUAUCACGUAAUGUCAUAUGAAAGGCAUAAACAGGGCCCACAGUGUUUAUAUAAAUAAUAAUAGUUGUACAGAUGAAGUGGUUUAGCUAAUGUGAUUGACCAAACUAACAGACCUCACAAUUGCGAGUUCAAACAGCGCAGUUCCCUACAUAGCUCUUUAUUUUUCCUGUACUAAUACAUUACAUUUUCAGGGUUUUGUCUUUUGACACAUUUGAAAUUGAUUCCUACUUUUUUUUUUUUUCUGAAGUUAUAUUGGAGACGAACCUCACAUGAGACUCUCUCCUUUUUUAGCUUUAAGUCUGAUGCGUUUGAUCUAAUUAUGUCUUUUAGAGGUGUACACAUGCCUGUAGCUUUUUAGGUUGCAUAGCAAAAAUAUAUAUAGAUAUUGCCUUAUGCUGCCAAAUAGUGAUGAAUGAAUUAACUAUAUUGUUAGUGUCUAUCAGUGUUGCUAUUAUUUACAAAUCAUUCCAGUCUAUACAAAACCUAAAAAAAUGAAUUGAACUAAUAGAUUCAUCAAGCACCAGGAUGCUACUUAAAACUCUUACCAUCCAAGUAGCUUGAUUUUGAGUUUUAAGCUUCAGUAGGUUCACUAAAAAUUUAAAGCAGAAUGUUUAGAAUUGUAAUUGAUCAUAUGAUGUUAAAACAGGAUUUGGUGCUUGAACUGUGUGUAAGUGUUUUGAUCUGUUUCUGCAAAACCCAAAUGCUUUUUUUUUUUUUUCUGUCAUUCUAUAUAUUCAAACUGUUUUCUUAAUUAUUACCCUGUGUAAAAGACUGAAUUAUUAACUCGUUCAUUGUCUAUUGUGGACUUAAGUAGUUGAGUAACUUGCUUUUCCAUUUUCUCUGUGUCUCUUAAAGUGUUGUUUUGUAUCUGUGGAGACUGUGAUUUGAAACGUACUUAAUUGAACAAAUUGAAACGUUAUUUUGUGGUUAUAGGGUGUCAAAUGGAAGAGUACUGUACUUUUAGUACUCAUCUUCUAAUUGGAGGAGAUGUGUUUGAGAAACAACUCAGUAUUGAAAAGGUUGUUAUAGUAGGGAUUAGAAUUAUUUACUGUAUUUCAGUCAGCAUAAAUGUACUGUUUGUGCAGAAAUAAUCAGAGGUUUUCCCACUGACACCCUUUAUGUGGUGCUGUUUUGAAGACAGAAGAACAAAAUAUGUUUUGUAGCACUGGAAUUUUCGAGUCAUGAUGACUGUUCAUUACAUUUAUGCUGUUAUUGUAUUAAGGCAUAAUGAGUACUGUUAGUUUAGAUAGACAACUGCACAUUAGGAUUCGUAAGAACAAAGGACUUGGAGAGACAUUGUGGUGCCUCUUUUUUAUGUCUUGCAAUGAUCAUUACUAGAUGAAGUAAUAAUAUGAUGCCUGUUUUUAAGGAAAUCAUCUGGUGUUAUUGUCUAAGCACAAUCAUUUCUCCUAUUAUGGGAGAACUGCAGAGAUCAAACUUUUAAAGCAGUUUUAUUUAGACCGAUUUCCAAAUGUGAAUGACAGAAAACAAAAGAUUUAUGUUUUCACCAAAGUUGAGGUCUUGGAUUGUGAAACGGUUUUGAAAGAUUGUUACAUGGUACACAUGCACUGCUAAUAGUUUUACUGGUUUUGCUUUUUAGUGUAUGUUGUAUUGAGCUAUGUUUUUAUCCAAUGUUUUACCCAUGUGACCAAUUUAAUGUUUAAAAGUUGUUCUGUUCAGAUGUGGACUGGUUAUUUGCUCCAGGAGGGCUCAAAGAAAAAAGGGCUGAGCCCAGAAUCAUCUCAUUUAUAUCAAAUUCUACUAUUUUACUGUACACAAGUGACCAAUAAAUACUUUAUACAAUUCAA